AUGGAGAUCAAAGUCAGAGUGCGAAGUCAAUAUACGGAUGUGGCCAAAUUUUCGACGACGAACAGAAAGAAUGCCGCCAAAGCGGAAGCGCAAAAAUCAUUAGCAAAGCCAGAGGAGCGAUACUCCAAAAGAGCUCGCUUUUACCGCUAUCCGCCUCCACGUCACGAACUUAAGUAUCAAUUAUCAAACAACAUUUUUAUACCCGCUCCCACAUCGCUUGGCUUUGUUAAAGAACACGCAGAGAAAUAUUUUUAUUCAAGUUUAAGCGAUAAGUCAAUUAAAAGCAGCAGAAGUAGCUCAGUUAGUCCCUGCUCUUCUGUAACAAUUUCUCCGCUUAGCGCGCGACCAGCAACUAUUGGUUUAGACGUAAUAUUCAGCUUUAGAGCACAUCCAGGGGCUUACAUUCAAAACAUUGCCGAUUAA